AUGAUUUAUCAGACAAAUUUAGGAAAAGAAGAUAUCAAAAUAAUCUUUAUAUUUUUUUGAAAAAUAUUUCCUAAAUCAGUUCUUUGAAAACAGUGCCAAUACGUUAUUUACGUGUUGGGUGAUCGAUGUUUAAAAUUCUAGAAUAAUGAAUCAAAUGUUUGUUUCUUAAUAAAACAAUUAUCGACAACUCAUUAGUUAUGUCCCGCAAAUCAGUAUUCUUGGUAGCUGUAACAGUAGUGAUGUUAUAUUUCUCAAUAAUUUUGUUCAUGUUGAGUCCCCUACAUGGUGCGAAAAGUUCGUAUUACGGCAAUAACUAUAUGAAUCACUUCGGUUACCGGCAAACGCCGCAAGUGCAGUGGUGUAAGGAGCUCAAAUGGCGGUCACCUCCUGCCCCCAAGGUGACGGCUUUGGCUUCAUUCCCUGGAAGUGGAAACACCUGGUUGAGAUAUUUGUUGCAACAGUCUACAGGAAUUGUAACUGGGUCUAUCUACAUGGACUAUGGUCUCAAACUACAUGGGUUCCCAGCUGAGAACACUACGGAUGGCUCUGUACUGGUGGUGAAGACCCACGGAGCUCCUCCAUUGGACACCUAUAAAUUUGAUGCGGCUGUACUAUUAAUUAGAAACCCUCGAGAUGCUAUUUUAGCGGACUUUAACCGACUUUUUAAGGGUCACAUCGGCACUGCGCCUAAAUAUGCCUUCAAGAGGAGGUCAAACAACAACAAGAGAUCCGACUGGGCAACCCACGUAUACCAGCAAUUGCGCGAAUGGGAGGUGAUGCACCAGAAAUGGCUGACGCAGUUCCCCGGGCCCAUACACCUGGUGUUCUACGAGGUGCUGGUCCGAGACACCAGGACUGAGCUGAAUGCCAUAUUGCAGUUCUUGAACCAUACAGUUUCCGAGGACGACAUGGACUGCACGAUUCUGAACAAGGAGGGCAUAUACAGGAGGAAGAACAAACACCAAGAUUUCGAUCCGUACACUGCGGAUAUGUACAAAGGCUUAGAGCAGGUCCGUCAGAGGAUAUUGAGACUGGUGAAUGAGUAUCAGAAGAAAAAUAAUGUCACGGUGAUGAGAAAGGCUUAGUUACUUGUGUUUAUAUGUAUAACAGGUAUUUAACAUUUUACGGGGCAGACAGAGCCACUAGUCUCGAGAAAGGAUACAAAGGCUUAGUCCUUUACAUACGUAUGUGUAUCAAGUAUUUAUCCCUUAUGGGGUAGACAGAAAUUGUCUCGAAAAGACUCGUGGAAGCCUCGCUCAGAUGAAUGAAAAGGUUAGGCUAGUAAACAGGUUAGUUGUAUAGAAAUAUUUUUAAGCGAGAAGUGAGUUCAGCAUAUCAUGUAAACUUUUGAAAAUGAUUGUGAAGUGGCUAUGAAAUGGCUUCAAACUAUUUAUAACUGAAUAUGUAAUACCGUACGUUCAGCUGAAUGUUGCAGAAUGCUGAAAGCCCAGAAUUAUGUGACUUUGAACUCCGUCAGUUAGAAGCCAAAAUUAAAUCGUCCCUCUUACGUAAGUAAAGGCAGCUUCCCGGAGCGUGUCACGCGCUACGGCGUUUUUAUCGCGCGAUAAACUAUCGCUGUCCCUUUCCACGUCAUAAUAAAAAGCGAAACAGCGAUAGUUUUUUAAAGACAAUAAGUUAUCAUUCAUUUUAGCUAUCACAGACGCAACAGUCGAUACUAGAGAAUUCAAUCUUGUUCCUGCUCUCAAUACGCCAAAGCCAAACCUUAACUAGCCAUUGGUUCGCGUCUUGAGGGAGGUCAGGUCAGGACGGACUAAAAGAAACUAACCUCCCACCACUAGAUGGAUCUAAUUCAGGAAACCUAGUUCUCGACACUAGUAAUACUAAUGAAAUUACGUUUUUGAACGCCAAAACUAGUGAGUAGUUCACAGAAAGUAGAAAUAAUAAGUUCACAUCAUUUGUGUAGACAUGUAUUUCAUUUUCAUAUUCAAUACCGGAUGCAAUUAUAUAUAUAUACAUAUAUAUAUAUAUAUAUAUAUUUCACCGUUGCACCGAAUAUCACAUUAACUUUAAAUGAUAAAUCCGGUAUUGAAUGUUACAAAAUAUUUAUCUCCAUGUGAUCAAACCAACUAGGCCUAACUAAACCAGAUAUUUCAAAGGCAAUAUUAACAAAGAGAGACAUAUACCUAUAUGUUUUUUAAAUUUCUUCGCGAAAUUUUGUAUCACCAAUGUCUAUGAAUUUAUAAUCUAAGGUAAAAGAAAACUUUCAAUCAUAAGUGUUGCCGCAUUUAAAAAAAAAUGUUGCCGGUCACCUUAUCGGCACUAUGUGAUAGUGGUUCGCUCAUACCAUAGAGUAAGUAUUAAAAUGAACAGAAAUGUAGAAUGUCAAAGGAAAAAAGUAUUAUUUAUUGUUAUGUUUAUUUUAACAAUUUUUUCAUAAUAUUAUUGAGGCAAGUCUACCUAGCCUCAAAUUAUCGUGAUUUUUUAAAGUUUAUUUUAUCAUUUCAGUGUUAUCUUUUAUUGUUGUUAUAAAUUAGCCCUAAAUACGUACUUAGCAAAGCUUUAAUUGUUUACUUACCUACCUCAUUAUUCUAGUCUUUAAAUUUAGUCGAAUUACCUUGUUUUAUACAUGUAUUAACUUUGUUGUGAAAGAACUUAAGUAAUUUUAGUUUAGGCUUCUAUAUAGAUCACACGAGCUUAUCACAGAAAUCUGAAUAAUAUAAGAAAUUAAAAAUAUCUUGUACU